AUGCCACACGCAACCAACAUGCCCUACGCUGGCUUCCAGGCCUUCAUCCUAUGCGGGCCCGGCCUAUCACUCAACACCUUCACCUCAAAUGUCGCAGACUAUCCCAAGGCUCUCGUGCCAAUCGCCAACCGUCCCAUGGUCUGGUACCCUCUGGACUGGUGUUACCGCAUGGGCGUUACAAAUAUCACAUUGAUCACACCUCCCGAAAGCUCUGCGCCUCUGGAAUCUGCUCUCGCUCAAAAUCCCCACCUCACCAGCCUUCCCGCUCCCAAGCCUGAAUUGCUCUGCCCCAAGGAUUUGACCCAGACCACUGGAACUGCUGAGAUCUUCCGCACUCCCGAAGUCCAAAAGGCUAUUGUCUCCGACUUUAUCGUUCUGCCCUGUGACUUGAUCUGCGACUUGGAAGGUUCCGCUCUGUUGCAGUCAUGGAUGGUGCUCGAGGCUGGCCUUGGAGGCGCCACUGGUGGCAUGGUUGAUGGACAAGCUGUACCAAUGACAAUUGGUGGUGAAAAGAGCGGUCGCAGAGGUGGUCUGGCUGUGUGGUAUCCUACAAAAGGUCUUGAAGGCGUCAGCCAGAAGGGCGAUGAGACUGAUUUGGUCGCGACAACUCCUCUACCACGCCCUGCCGUUCCUGCUCCCGAAGGUCACCUCCGACCUCAUGUCGAAAAGCUCGUCUUGAGCAUUCCCACAAGUACUGUCAAGGAUAUCACAGAAGAACAAAAGAGUUUCCCUCUGCGCCACGCCCUACUACGCCAGCAUGGAAAGGUCAAGAUCAAGACUUCGCACAGAGAUGCACAUGUCUACUUCCUGCCCUUCUGGGUCAAGGACAUGAUCAAGGAGAAUGAGGCUUUCGACUCACUAUCAGAAGAUGUCAUUGGAUGGUGGGCAAAGGCUGGCUGGCAACAGGGUUUGGCCGACAAGCUGAACCUGCGCAAGGUUUUGAGCGAUGCACCUUCCACACAAGACGCCGACGACUUGAUGAUGGCGAGCAGUAUGCAACUCGACGAAGAGGUCGACUUGGCUGCCAUGAGCACAACAUUAAUGGCACAGCCUACUUCAUCUGCCUUCAAACGCUCACCAGACACUUUCGCGUCGCGUGUGCCUGGAAACCUUCAAACAGACAACGAGCCCCAGGAUCCGUUAGUAGUCCCCCCCAUUUUGGCCUACGUCCAGCCUCCUCUUACCGAUCCCACCAACCAACCCCUCAUCCGUCGCGUCGACACUUCCUCCCUCCUUCUCAGCAUCUCACUCCGUCUGGCCAAACUACAAUCCGUCGCAGAAGCUACCGCCUCUGGCACUACACCAUCACCGUUUGCACACGCCGCAAAGGUCGCACAUCCGGACAUGAUUCAACAGCAAACAAGAGUCAGCGAGGUUGAUUCCUUAGUUGCUGAGAACGUCACAAUUGGCAGCAGAGUCAACAUCAAAGAGUCCGUCAUUGGUGUCGGUUGCAGCAUUGGCAAUGGCGCAAGAUUGACGAGGUGUUUGCUCAUGGAAGGAUGUACAGUUGGCGAGAACGUGACACUCACUGGCUGCAUCGUGGGCAAGAGGUGUAAGAUUGAGGGAGGCGGUCCCAAGGACGAGGACAAGACUCGUCUGACGGAUUGCGAGGUUCAACCUGGCUAUGUCGUCAAGUGGGGAAGUAACUNNGAAAUCAAGAACGAAAAGUUCAUGGUGUUUGAGGGUCUCGGUGAGGAUGAUGGUGAAUUGGAUAUGGAUGAUGAUGAUAUGGCAUCUGGAGAUGAUGACGGUACUUUCGCAUAA